AUGGACAAGGACGCCGAUUCCGUCGUGAGCCAGUCCACGCCUCAGGGCAUCACGACAAUCACGAUCAAUCGACCGCACCGGCGAAACGCAGUCAAUCCCGCCACCGCGCAAAAGCUCUACGACGCCAUCAUCGCCUUUGAAGACGACCCCACCCAGAAAGUCGGCAUCCUCGCCGGAGCGGGCGGCACCUUUGCGCCGGUGCCGACCUUCACGAGAUUUCUCAAACCGAUGCCAAUCGGGGGCCUGGAGCUAAGUCUCCUCGGCGACAUGCGCGUCGUCGAAGAGGAUGCCGUGUUUGGCGUAUUCUGCCGUCGCUGGGGAGUCCCCCUCAUCGACGGAGGCACCGUCCGGCUGCGCGCCAUCGUCGGGCUCGGCCACGCCCUCGACAUGAUCUUGACGGGGCGGCCGGGCAAGGCCUUGGGAGAGGCGACAGCGAUUGCCAAGCAGCUUCUCGAGUUCCCGCAGCUGUGCAUGAACCUGGACCGGAACUCGUGCUACUACGGCGCGUACGAGGCAAGCUCGUUCCAGGACGCCUUGGCGAACGAAUUCGACAAGGGGUGUGCCGCUGUGGAGGCCGAGAGUAUCCGGGGAGCCGCAAGGUUUAGCAGCGGGGCCGGCCGGGGGACGUUUGAGAAUCGAGAAAAGCUCUAG